AUGUCUCUGAAAAUGUCUCAAAUUUUGGUGUCUGCUCUGCUGUUUACAGCUUCUGUUUCGAGUGUCCUUGGAGCACCCUUUCUGGCAGAAGAAUCAGCAAAUCAAUUCAUGAGGCUCAAACGACACAUACCAUAUUCUCCGAGCUACUGGGACUCAGGCAGCAGCCAGAACACGUGGGCAUACACUGUGGCUGAACAGAUUAGUGAAUCAUGGGCAGCUUUGAGGGGAGCAGCACAAUACUACAUGGGCUUGGACCCUUUUGCCUUUGAUCCUUCGACAGCUGUCAACAACAUCAGAUUCUACAAGGAGCUACUGCAGGCUACUGGGACUCACCUCCAGCAACAAGCUAUUAAAUCUUACAUAUCUUGUAUCUGGCCAUGUUAG